UGGAAAAGCACAGACUUCCUGUUUCGUCCACUGGUAUCUCCCUGCCCUUCUCUCAGUCUCCCAGGAGCCAUCCCCGGCCAGCCCCUGGACCCAGCAGGGACAGGAACAGGUAGCAAUCUCAGCGUCCAGGAGAUUCACCAUGACCAGGACCUUGAAAGAGGUUCUUCUACAGCACUUUAUACUUCAGAAGCUGGAGAUUGCUUAUGCCAUAAACAAGCCAUUUCCCUUCUUCGAAGGUCUCCGAGACAACCUCUUCAUCACCGAGAGACUGUACCAGGAAUCUCUGGAAGCCUGUAGAAAUAUGGUCCCUUUAUCCAGGGUCGUGUACAACAUCCUCACUCAACUGGAGAAUACGUUUAGUCUGUCAUUUCUGGAGACGUUGUUCAGCCAAAUAAACCUGAGUGAAUACCCCAACUUGAUGACGACCCUCAAGAGCUUCAAAAGGGUUGUCACUUCCAAUGGAGGGUGGGGCAGAAUCACAACGAUUCCUCUUGAAGCCGCAGCCAACCCAGCAGGAAGGAGCUCCGUCAGGGCACUGCUGCCGCCGCCCACCUGCCAACACCCCCCAUCGAGCCGCCCACCCUGCUCACCCAGUGUCAGCGAGCCCGGAGCACCUGCCCAGCCCAGCGCUGAGAUCCUGCACGAGCAUCCCAGCCCUGCUGACCUCACCGUGACUCUCCCUGGAAUCACCCAGGAAGGAAGGCUCACUCCAGUGUCCAGUGACAACCUGAUCCCCCAAAUAAAAGAUAAAGAAGACACUCAAGAGAUGUCCUGCGCUCCAUCAGGCCCCGUGCCAGUGAUAAGAGAUGAUGCUUCUGAACAAAGUGACCCAAAGGAGCUCCAAGAGGCAUCCAGGGCACCUCCCAGCAAGAGAGGAAAGAAGAGAAAAAGAAGUAUCUGGUUAACUUCAAGGAAGAGACAGCAGAAAAAAAGCCUCCCGAGAGGGGCAGCCUUACCUGGGCAUGGAAUCCAAACGAUGCUCCACGUGGCGGAGCAGGUGACUCACAGGGAGGACGACUCAACCAGGAACACAAAGGUCAUGACAAGAGCAAAAAAGAGAAGGACAGAAUGUGCCCAAACGCCUGCACCAGAGGAGGUCAGUGAUGACACUUCAGAGAUGGAUGAAAGAAAGAGACCCCAGGAGCUACCCAGCACACCACCAAGACUCACCCACGGUAAAGAUCCCAUGGAUAAGGGAAGCAAACUGCCUUUGGGAGAAUCUCCUGGGGGAAACCGAAGGAAGAGAAAAAUACAUAGCUGGUCAAGUUCCAAAAAAAGACAGAAAAAAGGUCUCCCAAGAGGAAAACUUGACACUCAGACCUCUAAGCUUCUCCUGUGGGUAUAUAAAGGGUCAGCCUCACCUGGACGCAGAACCCAAGAGGUGCUCCAAGUGGUGGAGCAGGUGACUGGAAGGAAGGACGACUCACCCAGGAGUUCGAAGGUCAUGACACGGGCCCAGAAAGCGAGGGCUGAACGUGCCCCAAAGCCUGCACCGGAGGAAAAGGGAAGGAUAAAAGAUGUCUGUUCAAGUGCAACAACAAGUUGUCACAGAAAUAUUCCCAUAAAGGAAAAACCUGAAGAUGAAACUCUGGAUUUUCACUCUCCUAAACUUCCUGUGACCUGUGGUAAGGCAAAGGGGAUUUUAUAUAAGGAGAAAAUGAAACAAGGCUCCUCAGAGAAGUGUAUUCAGAACAAGAAGGGACUUUGGUUCACACCAAGAGAAUUUGAAAUUGAAGGAAAACGGAAACAAUCAAAGAACUGGAAGCGGAGUGUGCUUUGUAGAGGAAAGACCCUAGAACAGCUGCUGGAGAAAGGACUUCUGCUCUGUCCUCCGAGAAAAAGUCUCAAGAGAGAGCAUAACGUCAGAGACUGUCCUCUGAGCUGCCAACACGUUUGCCUGGCACGGCGCACAGCGGAUGAGGACAGCUCUGACCCAGGCACGGGCAGCCUUGGGGCCAACCUAACUCAGCAGGAAAACUCCAGGGAAUGUGAGGUAUGCUGUAGAGGGGGGCCGCUGCUCUGCUGUGACACUUGUCCAAGGGCCUUUCAUGAGGGCUGUCACAUCCCACCUGCAGAGGCCGAGAGGAGCACGUGGAGUUGCACCUUCUGCAGGAUGAAGGAGUCUCCUGGAAGCCAGCAGUGUCUUGGGGAAUCUGGGGUCCUGGCAAGGCAGAUGCAGCCCAAGGAGCAGUUGAAAUGUGAGUUUCGCCUCUUGAAAGCCUACUGUCAUCCACAAAGCUCUUUCUUCACGGAGGCCCCAUGUAAUGAGGUGGGUCAAAAAAGAUCUUGCUGUGGUUUAUGUCAAAGAGUGUUAGCAAGCAUCAUACUCAAUGGUGAAAAACUGAAAGCAUUUCCACUAAGAUCAGGAACAAGACAAGGAUGUCCACUCUCGCCACUCUUAUUCAACAUAGUUUUGGAAGUCCUAGCCAUGGCAAUCAGAGAAGAAAAAGAAAUAAAAGGCAUACAAAUUGGAAACGAAGAAGUAAAACUGUCACUCUUUGCAGAUGACAUGAUACAAUACAUAGAAAAUCCUAAAGAUGCCACCAGAAAACUACUAGAACUAAUCAAUGAAUUUGGUAAGGUUGCAGGAUACAAAAUUAAUGCACAGAAAUCUCUGGCAUUCCUAUACACCAGCAACGAAAAUUCAGAACAGAAAUUAAGAAAACAAUCCAUUUACCAUCGCAACAAAAAGAAUAAAAUACCUAGGAAUAAACCUGCCUAAGGGGACUAGAGACUCAUACUCAGAAAACUAUAAAACACUGAUGAAAGAAAUCAAAGAUGACAUAAACAGAUGGAGAAAUAUACCACGUUCUUGGAUUGGAAGAAUCAAUAUUGUAAAAAUGACUAUACUACCCAAAGCAAUCUACAGAUACAAUGCAAUCCCUAUCAAACUACCAAUGGCAUUCUUCACAGAAUUAGAACAAAAAAUUUUACAAUUUGUAUGGAAACACAAAAGACCCCAAAUAGACAAAGCAAUCUUGAGAAAGAAAAAUGGAGUUGGAGGAAUCAGGCUCCCCGACUUCAAACUAUACCACAAAGCUACAGUAAUCAAGACAGUAUGGUACUGGCACAGAAACAGAAAUAUAGAUCAAUGGUACACGAUAGAAAGCCCAGAGAUAAACCCACACACGUAUGGUCACCUAAUUUACGACAAAGGAGGCAAGAACAUACAAUGGAGAAUAGACAGCCUCUUCAAUAAGUGGCGCUGGGAAAACUGGACAGCUGCAUGUAAAAGAAUGAAAUGUAUCCCUAACACCAUACACAAAAAUAAAAGCCAAAUGGAUUAAAGAUCUAAAUGUAAGACCAGACACUAUAAAACUCUUAGAGGAAAACAUAGGAAAAACACUCUACUGCUUUUUGAAUCAGUUCCACUUUUAUAUUUUUCUAAAAGUCAUCUACUGCAUUUAUUGUUUAUAGUUGGUCUUAUUUCUAUCAUUUUAUUCUUUCUCUUUUGAAUAUGUUUGUAUUUUUUGUCUACAUUUUCUUUGUUUUCAUCUUCUUUUCUGGAAAGCAUUGUAACAGUAAUUCUUCUAUUUACCUGCAAGUUUUCCAAAUGUAUUUUUAAUUUAUUCUUCAAAUGUCAUAGCCAAAAAUAAAAUAUUUUAAUGUGUCACAUAUUUAAGCCAAGGUGUGUCACUUUUAUACCCACCAGCUCCCUAAUUCCGGUCUAUCCACUGUAUAAUAAUAUGGAUAUUCAUUAUUAAUUUUUCUGUCUUUUACUCUAUAUUGAUUAUUUUAAUUUUAUUCAAUU